AUGGCUUUGUUUGGCAUUGCUGAUCCAAAUGCAAACGAUGAGGUGAUGAAAUUUCAACUUGGACGUUACGUGAGUUGUAAUGAGGCAAUUUGGCGGCUGUUUUCAUUUACAAUUCAUGAACGUCACCCGACUGUCGUACAUUUGGCAGUUCACUUAGAGAACGGCCAGCGUGUAUACUUUACGGAAGCGAACGCAGCGCAAAGAGCAGAACGACCACCAGCGACGACAUUGACAAAUUUUUUUUCGACAUGCGAAAGCGAUCCGUACACGAGGACUUUAUUAUAUUCGGAAAUGCCACGCUAUUAUACAUGGAAUGCUGCAUCAAAGAAGUUUCAACGCAGGAAGAAAGGUGAUGCUGUUGCUGGCUUCGCAGAUGUCCAUUUGACUGAUUCCCUCGGACGAAUAUACACAGUUCAUCCACGCCAAGACGAAUGCUUCUAUAUUCGCUUACUUUUGGUGAACAUUAGGGGCCCGACAUCCUUCAAUUCUCUGCGUACUGUCGAUGGUGUACUGUGCACAACUUUUCGGGAAGCUUGCCAAUGCUUGAAUUUGCUCGAAAACGAUUCACAUUGGGACUUAACACUCGCCGAUGCAACCGUUUCUGCGCCAGCAAAUCAAAUUCGUACGUUGUUUGCGAUCAUCAUAGCCACAUGUCAUCCAUGGAACCCGAAUGCAUUUUGGGAGAAAUACAAGGACGAGAUGGUUGAUGACAUUUUGCACAAAGUUCGAACGACAAAUGUUAAUUUUGAUAUUGAAAGUAACGACGAGAUGCGGAACGAAGCAUUAGUUCUGAUCGAAGACAUGUGCGGCAGUCUGUUGUCAACUUUGAGAAUGCCAGCGCCAAAUCGUUCGAGGCACGCUUAA